ACUUGUAGUAUGUGUGGGGGCCUUGAGGAAGAAGUCCAGAAUGUUAAUGAAGAUGGUGCCAGUGUUGGUGCUGCUGUGGAGGGUGGACAAAGCUGCAGUGGCAGUCAAACCGAUCGAUGCUGCUGCAUCUCCAGCCCAGCAGACGGUGAAGAGUGGAGAGCGUGUUGUACUGCCCUGCCCAGUCAAAGUGGAGGCCAAAAAUUUUGCAGUGUCCUGGUCAAAAGAGAGCCAAAAUGGGGAAAAGACUGAACUCAAACUUUCUGACCAGAGCAGCAGGGUCCGGCUGGCCGAGGACAAAGUGUCUUUGGUCAUUUCCGCAGUGACGGUAGGGGACGCUGGCCACUACAACUGCAGAGUGGGCCUUCCACAGAUGGACGAGAUGGUGGGCAGCAUACAGCUGAAUAUCCUGGCGUCCCCCAGUGCUCCACAGCUCUUUCUGCAAGUUCCCCCAAACCCCGCACUAGAAAACUGGCACUUACUCUGUGUGACCAAAGGUUUCUACCCUGCUCACUUGACUCUCCGCUGGACCUGGAGAAGCAAAGCAGCCAAGGCAACUCCAGUAAGUGCUAGUUGUACACUGAAACCGGCUAAUCAAGAGAACAGCAAACUCCAGGCCUAUGCAGAUAUUACCCAAACUGUUAGCUCUCACGCUAACAGCACAGUAUACUUGCAACCACAUUUCUGCGUCAGUGGUCCAGACGGUCUUGGCCCUGAGACACAGUUGACCAGCGUGCUGUCUCUGCCUUCUCGGACGUCGGUUAGUGCAGAUGUCAAGUUUACCUGCACUGUGGAGGACCAUCCUGCGUUAGAUGCUAUUCUUUCUGCCUCGUUUGACUGGGAAGCUGCACCCAAUGAAGUGAUGGGAUGUCUCAACAUUGUGAAAAUGGUGAUCCUCUCUGGAAUUUGUGUGUUAUUCAUCACUUUGAAAAUCGUUUCCUUGUGCGAACGCAGGCCUAAAUAUCGUAAAAUGCAGGGUUCACAGUCACAUUAAUGGAUAGAGUGCAGAGCGACGGAACGACACAUACAUCCGACACAGUCUUGGAAUGACUGAUAUUCCAGUGUAUUAUGCAGAACAGACAUUUAAACAAGUCUACAAAUCUCCCAGACAGUGACCCGUCUCCAGUCCAGGUCACAAUAUUCUCUUGAUGGGUUUCCAUGUAAACAAAAGGGAACAUUUUUACUACAUGAAAGUGUUUCUGUCUUCCUUAACAAAGUCCAGACUUCAGAAAAAACUCUAUGUCUUGUUCACCUUGUUCACCACAAGUCAUCCAUUUAAAUACCUGGAGGUGCCAAGCGGCCACAAUCCCAAUAAAUUAUAGCAACAACUUCCCUGGGUAGGGUAUUUGAUGUGCCCUUCAUAUGUUUAGCUCUCUCCACGUGUGCUUACUGGAGUAUAUUUGCAGAUACAGACGAUCGUGCAUGCGCUCACAGCUCAAGAUUAGCAGUCGGAGACAAUAACCUUAUACAAAUAUUUGUCGGGUUUAUAAAUCAUAGCUCAUACACAAGCAUACCACAGGGAGAUCCGCGGUUAGAGGGAGAUGAUUAUGAGCAUGGAGGAAAUAUACCAUAAAGAUUUUAUGACACCGUGCUGGCGAGAAAAGGCAGGGCAGACAAUACAAUCAGCAAUGUACUGUCCCCGUGCUGCAAUAAACACAUUAAAUAACGACAGCUAAUUUCAGUUUAGGCCUAAAGAAUUGAUAUUUGUGACUGUUUGGAGAAGAUAAUCAGUCUUCGCUGGUUUAAGGCUGGAAUCAUUUUUGGUAGCAGUUAACUUCAAGGCUACCUACAUAGGGCCUUCCAAAACAUGCAGUAGUCUUGAUACUAAUCUUGUAUCUCCAUUCUUGUCAUUUUUGAAAACUCCACUUGCUUUUUACGUUGUGUCAAUAUGUUAUGAUGAAUUGACCAAUAGAAAUGAACCAAAAUUACGUCUUUUAUUAACUUCUAUUACAGGUAAACAGUGUCUCCUGUCCAUUUACCACUUUGGAGAUGUUUUGUUUUGACCGUGACAACAUUUGUAGGCCACUGUUCAUAUGGCUACGUAACACCUACAUAAGCACGUCGUGGCA